CAACUCCUCGUCCAGUUUGCAGCUUCCCUGUCUCUGAUUUUUCUUUGAAAAUUCAAUGAAAACAAUGUGAUUGUUCUUUGUCAUUGGAAUUUUAAGCGUGGCAAUAGUUUUUAAGGAAGAGAAGCAGAUUUUUCUUCGCUAAUCGAAAUCUAUCUAUCUAAUAACAAAAAAUGAGCGGAACGGUGAUUCUCGGAGGGGGAAGUGGCUUUAUUGGAACUGCUUUGGGCAAUCUUCUGCGGAGGCAUGGCUACAAUAUCAUCACUGUGUCGAGAAUGCCAGGACCGAAUAGAAUGUCUUGGAUCGAGUUAAUGAAAAACGGUAUUCCAGACAGUUGCAAGGCUGUAAUUAACUUGGCCGGCCAGAACAUACUGGACCCGAAACAAAGGUGGACGCCUGGCUUCCAGCAAAACGUUUAUUCAAGCAGAAUCAAUACAACGCAGUGGCUAGCCGAAGCCAUUGACAAAGCGUCCGCCAAACCAGAAGUGUUUAUCACUGUUUCUGGCGUUGGCUAUUAUAAACCUAGCGAGACUGAAGUAUACAAUGAGCACAGUCCAGGAGGAGAUUUUGAUUACCUCUCCAAGCUCUGCACAGACUGGGAAGCUGCCGCCAAACUGGGCCAAAGUACUGAUGUUCGACAGGUCACAAUUAGAUCUGGUGUAGUUCUUGGCAGACAGGGAGGAAUGAUCCAAAAUCUGUACUGGCCGUUUUACUUUGGCGUAGGAGGCCCGAUUGGCAGCGGAAAACAGUUUCUUCCGUGGAUCCAUGUGCAUGACAUUGCCCGACUGUUCCUUUUCGCCCUGCAAAACAACAAAGUUAAUGGAGUAAUCAAUGGAGUCGCACCACAGAUCUGUACUAAUGGAGAGUUCAGCAAAGCAUUUGGCCAAGCGAUGUGGAGACCUUGGUUCCUUCCCAUGCCCGAGUUUGUCGUCAACUUUGUCUUCGGGGGUGAGCGCGGUAUGAUCAUGACCAAAGGCCAGAACGUGGCGCCAAAGAGGGUGUUGGAGUAUGGCUUCGAGUACAUCUACCCCGACAUCAAGUCAGCUAGUGAAAAUUUAGCGCAAAUGAUUGUGGUCGAAGAACUCAUGUAGGUUUGUUGCAUUAAAUUAUGUCUUUGUUUAUGUUUAA